CUUUGCCAAAAAAAGAUGCACCCAUGUGUUUGUGCACUCCCCUCAUCACCCUCCAUUUCCAAAUUCAUUUCUGACCAUCCAUCUCUAUCCAUGCUAGAAAAUAGAUGCAACAACAUGAAGGACCUCAAAAAGCUCCAUGCCCAACUCAUCAAAACCGGCCUCUCCCAAGACAUCAUUGCCAUUAGCAGAGUCCUGGCCUUUUGUGCAACUUCCCCCUUUGGAGACAUCAACUAUGCCAUGCUUCUCUUCUCUCACAUCCAAAACCCAAAUCAUUUCACCUACAAUACCAUCAUCAGAGGCUUCUCACAAAGCUCCAAUCCCUACCAAUCCAUCUCUCUUCUCUACCAAAUGCUACACUCUCCUACCCAACCACAAACACUCACUUACCCUUCUGUUUUCAAAGCAUAUGCCCAAUUGGGUCUGGCCCAUGAAGGGGCCCAGCUCCAUGGGAGGAUUCUCAAACUUGGGCUCCAAUCCGAUUCCUUCAUCCACAACUCCUUGAUUUUCAUGUAUGCAGUUUGUGGUCACUUGGCCUCUGCGCAUCAGUUGUUUGAUGAGGAUUCGAGCUUCGAUGUUGUUUCUUGGAAUUCUAUGAUCUUGGGCUUGUCUAGAAGUGGAGAUUGCGACAGCUCGAGACGUUUGUUUGAUAAGAUGCCAAUGAGAAGUAUGGCAUCCUGGAAUUCUAUGAUCAGUGGGUAUGUUAGGAAUGGGAAGUUUAAGGAGGCGUUGGAUCUCUUUCAUCAAAUGCAGGAAGAUGGAAUUGAGGUGAGCGUGUUUACGACGGUGAGCUUGUUAGGUGCUUGUGCUCACUUGGGAGCACUCGAACAGGGGGAAUGGAUUCAUGCUUAUAUAGAGAAGAACCAAAUUGAGGUAAAUGUGAUUGUGUUGACAGCGAUUAUCGACAUGUAUUGCAAGUGUGGUUGCAUCAAUAAGGCUCUCCAGGUGUUUGAGGCGGCCCCAAGAAAAGGAUUAUCAUCCUGGAACUCUGUAAUAUCCGGCCUAGGGAUGCAUGGGCGUGGGAAGGAAGCGAUGGAGCUUUUCUUGAGGCUUAAAUCCUCCUUGCAGCCGGAUUCUGUUAGUUUCUUAGCGAUUCUAACAGCCUGUAACCAUUCUGGAAUGGUCGAUGAAGCACGCCACUAUUUUUCACUAAUGAUUGAAACAUACAAAAUUGAACCCAUGAUAAAGCAUUAUGGUUGCAUGAUCGAUAUCCUAGGUCGAGCAGGGCAUCUUGAAGAGGCAGAAGAUCUAAUGAAAAACAUGCCCAUUGAACCAGAUAUUGUUAUAUGGGGGUCUUUGCUUUCGGCAUACAGGAGUCAUGGAAAUGUUGAAAUGUGUGAAUGGGUUGUGGAGCAGAUGAUUGAGCUGGAUCCCGGCGAUAGCUGUGGCUAUGUGCUUUUGUCGAAUGCUUAUGCGGAUGCCAGUCGAUUCAGCGAUGCGGUGGAUGUGCGGCUGAUGAUGAAGGAAAAAUGGGUCCGGAAGGAACCCGGAUGUAGUUUGAUUGAAGUAGAAGGUGUGGUACAUGAGUUUGUGGCUGGUGGGAAGUUGCAUCCUCAAGCUAGAGAGAUUUAUAGAUUAUUGGAUGAGUUGGGUUUGCAGUUGAAAGAGGUAGGUUGUGUAGAAGACAUCUUGCUUGGGAAUAGUUGAAAACAGAUAGAGGGAUUGAAUAUUGGUGUAUUUGUAAUUUGUAGGAAGACUAUAACAUUGGACUUGAAGAGGGAUGAUGGCCCACGCAUGCCAAAGGAGGUUUCUUUCAAGUGGGAGACAUGUUCAAGGCAACAAAAAUCCCUCAUGUUGGGAGAUCAUAGCUGUGUGAUAUUUGGACUUUUAUGUUUGAGCUUGUAACUGUUGCUGUAUUUUCUCUCUCGACUGUAUAUUUGUUGACCACCUAUUGAAGGGUUAGGAUUCUUCUAACUGUUUGUUUAUGGUGGAUGGGCCAUUGACCCCAUUAACUACUUGGAUUGAUCAACCAUGAGCCCAACUUGUCCACACUACAAUCUGAAAAUCUGAACCGUACAUUACAACCUUUUGGCUACAGCCAUGCUAAUGUGGGAGUUCCUUGCCAAUCAUAAGGUGGGCCCUCCAGCUGGACUGCUUAUUGAGUAUGCGUAAUGCUUACUUUGAAUGUAAACCUUGGCCACUUUUUAUAGAACCUUUGGGCAAGAAAGUUACCAUGCCAUUCCAUUUUAGAUCAUCCAAAUCAUGAACCCCAUAUGUGGGAGGACAGCACAAUCUUAAGAAUUUGAGUAGCCAUUGAUUCCUUUUAAGCAGCUAUUUGUGGUGUCCAAUCAAACAUUUACGAUAAUCCAAGCCCCACAAUUUGUUAUUUGAUGGUCCAGAUUGCCGUGGUAUGUCGUGCGUUGGACCAUCCACCAGUUGCGCCCCAUUGUCAGAUAUGUUGUGGAAUGAAAAUCAGGCAGGUCCACCCAUCAGGUGGGCCACAUGUGAUGAAAAUUGAACCUUUAAAAAGGAAAUCACCAACAAAAUCCGAACUCACAGAGGAAUUA